AUGAAAAACAGUAGAUCUUAUUUAGAUGAUGAUGAAGAGAUUAAAUCUAUGACUGAAUCAAGAAUGAGUAAAAGUGAUCAGAAAGGAGGUGGAUCAGAAGAUGGAAGUAGUGAAGAUGAAGAAGUAGAUAUCUCUAUUAAGCAGUAGGAGCUGAUUUUUAAUCCAGAAAGUAGUCUAAGAUAAUGGCUAAAAAAGCGUGGUAAAAAUGAAUUUAUUGACUUUGAUGACGAAGAAUUAAGAUAGCUUAGAGACUAUUUCAAUUCACUAGAUGAUGAUGGCUCAGGAUCCAUUGGAGUAGAUGAACUGGAAGGCCCAUUAAUAGCUCUAGGACUGGUUGAGAAUAGAUAGCAAGUUUAGGAUAUUGUUGAUUUGGUUGAUGAAGAUGGCUCUAGUAUGAUUGAGUUUGGGGAGUUUCUUUCAAUUAUCAAAGGAGGAAGCAAUGCUAAAGAAGGAAAUGAUGUCAGUGGGACUGGAGCAAUAUAUCAAUUCUUUAAAAAGUUAACCAGUGGACAACUCAAGCUUGAGGAGAAUCCCAAUAUCCCAUUUCAGUUGUUCAUUAGUGGGUACCGAAGGAGAAAAAUUCUAGAUGCAAUGAUGAAUAAAGAUAAAAACAAAAAGGAUGAGGGUGAUAAAAUUCUUAAUAACUAUAAAAAAUAAAUAACUGAAAGGACUGCAAGGGAGAAAGUAGACAAGGGAGAAGCAAGUGGGAAGACUACAGCUAAUUUAACUUAGAAAUUUGGCAAAAGAGAUUCUGCCUCUAAGAAUAAUAGUGUGUUUGACUUUGGAAUAACUUCAUAAAAUAAUAAUCAACAACUUGAAUCUUUCGAGCCAGAAAUUCUAUUAGACAUUUUAAAUGGGAAAUUUAAGAAAAAAUGA